AAAAUUCUUAAAUUCAAGUUGAAAUGGAUCAAAAAGUUAUAAUUAAAAAGCAAAAUAUAAAUAGCGACCUAGAGAAUUACACAAAAGAGGAGUUGAUUCAAAAAGUUAAAUCACUAACAGCCCAUAACAUACAACUCAAAAACAUAAUCGCUAAACAAUCUACCCUAAAUACAUCAAAACCAAGAGAUGACAAACCGUUCGAUUUCUCAAAAUGCUCAUUUCAGCACGUAGCCCUACAUUUGCUCUAUUUAGGCUGGGAUUAUCACGGAUACGUAGAACAAGAAGGCACCAACGAAACUAUCGAGCACUAUUUAUUCGAUGCCCUAACGAGAACGAAGCUCAUUCGAGACAGAUCGUCGUCUAAUUACCACCGAUGUGGACGUACAGACAAAGGAGUCAGCUCGUUCGGUCAAGUUAUAUCGAUCGACUUGAGAGUCAACGAUAGCAGUAAAGAACAGCUGGAUUACUGUAAAAUUUUAAACAAGGUGUUACCGGAUACUAUACAAUGCAUUGCUUGGAGUUCAGUCGAUGAGCAGUUCAGUGCUCGGUUCGAUUGCCUGUCUAGAACGUACAAAUAUUAUUUCCCGAAAGGUGAUUUAAACAUCGAGAAAAUGAGAGAAGCUUCGAGUAAAUUGGUCGGAGUGCAUGAUUUUCGGAAUUUCUGUAAAAUGGACGUUGGUAAUGGCGUUACGGAGUUUACUAGGAAUAUUAUGGAAAUAUUUAUCGAACAAUUGGAGAAGAAUGCUGGCGUUUAUGACAUUUGCGUUAUAAAUAUAAAAGCGAAAGCGUUUCUUUGGCACCAAAUUAGAUGCAUUAUGGGAAUCUUAUUUUUGAUUGGAGAAGGUAAAGAAGAGCCCGAAGUUAUCGAUGAAUUGUUAAACAUUGAUAAAUAUCCUAGAAAACCAGAAUACAGUAUGGCAAACGAAGUACCUCUGAAUCUAUACCACUGCGAAUAUGAUAAUAUUAAUUGGAAUUACGACUUAGAAGUAAUGCAGCAACUCAAUGAAAAAAUGAAAAAAUCGUGGACAUUCUACUCCAUCAAGUCACAUAUGAUAAAAGGGAUGAUAGACUGUUUGGAAGAGAAAAUGGUUAAUACAGACGAAUCAAAAGAAACAUGUUUAAGCGAAUGUUUGCACAACUCAAGAACAAAAACAAAAAAAUAUGUACCUUUAUUAGAAAGACCGACGUGUGAUAGCUUAGAACAGAAAAUCGAACAUUUCAAAAAACGAAAACGGAUCGAAGUUAUCGAUAACUCCUCUUGAGAUAUUAAUCUUCUUGCUUAGCUUGAAAAAACUAAAAAGUAAGUAAACAUUUAA